AGAAAGGCGCUGAACAGAUGGACUGCGUUUGUGCUGGGUACAGAGUACGUCCAUGCUGCAGCACGUCUGUGUCCUCGAUCAAGGCAGGAGAAAAAAAGACAUGACCAAACAUUCGAUCUCGGCCAGCGGGUGCAUGAGACGGAGUACCCUUCCCUGCCCCGGCCUGUCAACCCGCUUACCAAGAGGACCAUCGAGCCAGCACACAAGUUUGAAAUCAACCUUGAAUCAGACUCAUUUUCAGUAGCCAAGUUCGAGCUGUUCCUGAGGUAUCAGACCACCAUACAUAAAGAGCACGAGUCGCGCUGGAAACACUCGGAUUUUAAGCGUUUCUUGUGCUCCGGCAUCAAACAGAAGACAGUCAAACAUACCAUCACCCAGGAAGACGGAAGUACCACUACAGUUGAGCGGAAGCUGGGAUCGUACCAUCAGUGCUACCGUCUUGAUGGGAAGCUGGUUGCCGUGGCGGUGCUGGACUUGCUCCCUCACUCCGUCAGUUCGGUGUAUAUCUUCCAUGGUUUAUAUAUAUAUAUAUAUACUGACCUUGAUAGCUAUGACCCCGAGUACGAAAAGUUCGAGCUGGGCAAGAUAAGUGCCAUGAGAGAGAUUGCCUUGACGCAAGAGAUGCAUUUCCAGCAUUACUACAUGGGUAUUUUACCCCCUUUUUCUUUCAACUUGAAUCUCGAUGAUUUAUAUAUAUCUAUAUAUAUAUAUGCUAAGAGAAACCCAGAGACGUUCGAAUGGCACUCUCUAGAUGAAGUAUUUGCCCCAAAAUUAGACAAGCAACGCUACUUCUCAACUUCAGGCCAACAAGUACCCGAUGUCUACGAGGAUAUACCGGAUGAAGACGCCAUGUCGUUAUUUGAUCUGCACAUGCCAGGUGUCUUGACAGUGCAGCAGCUAAAGUCUACCGUCGACCUUGACCAUUGGCAUCUACUCAUCCGUGGCAUGCUCGUUGAGAUGAUAGACCUCGUUGGGUGGGAAACGUCGAGUGUCAAGAACCCACAGGCCAUCAAGGGCAUCGUUGCCGAACUUGCUGCUACAUUGGGCCCAGAGGUAGUCAAGAACUCAGCCGUCGUCAUGUUCCAGAGCUAA